AGUCGCACCCCCCUCGAAAGCUGUACGCUGUGCUUUUCACUCGUGUGCGGUGCAACUCUUCACUUGUGCUGUCGCCGCUCGCGGCAAUGUUCGGCGCUAUGCACGCCGCUCUCUAAACCUUGUGGCUCGCGGGAGAAUCUGGGUCUGCUUCUGGCCUGCCAUCCCGUCGAUCAAGCCGAGGGGAAAGACACUGUUGUGUUGGCUACGCGUGCGUGAUCCCCCGAUUUGCGGUGCACUUCUCAGUCCGGGAGACGAAGAACACCUUCCAUCAUCCUUCGUUUCUUCCUUUUGAUUCAAACUUUUGCCAAGUAGGAGAUAAAAGAACGAACAAGGCUCUUCCAAAAGAGCAGUGUGUUGGUGUAGUGCGCGAGCGUGCGGACUAACCACCAGCACGUCCGAGGGGGCCUGCAAAACAAAACGCAGCAGAAAAAAAGAAAAUCUCCACCCAUCGCUUACCUACUUAUUCACUCUCGGCUGCGGCAUCACCUCAGUUCUGACAGUUUGAUGGCGGCCGGUUGUGUGAGGGGCGUCGGUCGCUCUCGGUUCCGCCGCCGGGCGUAGAUUCUGGGACAGGCGUCUCGAGGAGUAAGCUCCGGUGUCCAAGAAGAAAGCGCCGUGGAAGACGAGGCUCGCGCAAAGGCGAGGAGGGUCUCGACUCUGCAGCAUCGAGUGUUGACAGGGGCCGAGUGACGUGUUUCUCUAUCGGCUCUGCCAUCGGCGGUAUUCACCCGUCGGCACCGGGGCACGGACAGACGGACGGGUGCACGCCGUGUUUUUGACGCCGAUUCCGAAGAAAGGAAGGAUUGAAGUGUUCUCGGGCUCCGUUCGCCGUGGCUUGAAGCUCUGGAUCUACGCGUUAAACUCGUCGCACGCGCACUGGUCUCCACCAAUCGGAUAACUCAGUCGGCUCGUCUACUAGCAUCAAUGCUUCCGAUAUAAAGGAUACUGUACUAAUGGUCCUCACAAGACUGCUGCUGUGCCGUCAUGCCAUUCAUUCCGGACUGCCGCGACCUCUUCAUGACUGACUUGACCUAUAUCUGAGAAGGUGUGCUUGAUUGUGCUGUCGGGCCUUCGCUGCAAUGCGACACUCGCGCCUUAUUUCUACGUGGGCCCUGGCACUAAUCGUGUCAUUCUUCGACUUUGUAUGGCCAGGUGUUCCAGGUAUCAAGCUUCGCACAAUGACAACAGUCACAGACGAAACCCAAAUGGUCCCUCGUCUCACGGCAGUGGUGGAAGGCGCCGUGGAGUUGCCGUGCAACCUGUCGGUGCCGGCGUCUAACCACGACCGAGACAACGUGACACUAGUGCUGUGGUCCAAGUCUGGGGUUCACGGGCCCCUCUACAGUGUAGACGCUCGCAACUCCCCACUGGAGCGAGCCAAGCACUUCCCGAGCCCUGACCUCGGCGGACGCUACGACUUCAACACAAGCGCCCUGCCGACUGCGCUUCUCCGCAUUGACCCCGUGCGGCCAGAAGACGCCGGGGAGUUCAAGUGUCGUGUGGACUUUCGAUGGGCGAGGACGCACACUUAUGUCGUGUCCUUGGAAGUGAUAGUACCCCCCAAGAAAGCCAUCAUCACUGACGAGUCAGGCAAGGUUCUGCAAGACGUCAUUGGCCCCUACGACGAAGGGGCUCCCCUGAAGUUGGCCUGUGAAACGAGGGGAGGAUCUCCACUACCAGCUGUUACCUGGUGGCGGGAGAUGAACCUUCUCGACGACCAGUACUUCAACACAAGCGAAGGCACCUCGCGCAACGAGCUGCUAAUCCCAAAACUGGAGCGCUCGGAUGCACGCAGUGUGCUCACGUGUCAGGCGUCGAACACCAAUCUGACGCUCCCCGUCUACGCCUCCGUGACCAUCGACAUGAACCUGCGUCCCCUGGACGUGAAGGUGACGAGCGCGCGUGACGUACUCGUGGCGGGUCACCGGGCGGAACUGCGCUGCCAGUCGCGGGGUGCGCAGCCGGCGGCACGCAUCACGUGGUGGAAGGGCGGCCAGCAGCUGGGCCGCACCGUGGAGAAGCUCGAGGGCAACGUCACCUCUAGCACGCUCAUCUUCGUGCCUGGUCCCGAGGACCACGAACGCCUGCUCACCUGCAAGGCAGACAACCCGCAGCUGCCCGACAGCGCCAUCGAGGAUGCCAUAUUCCUGUCUGUCACGUACGCGCCGCAGCUCUCGCUGAGUGUGACGUCGACGCACGCGAGCGGGGCCAUCCUCGAGGGCUCGGACGUGCUGCUCGAGUGCGCGGUGCGCGCCAACCCGUCCGUGCGUGACGUCUGGUGGAAGCACAACGGCCGCCUGCUCGACCGGAGCCGAGACGCCGGCCUCGACCUGGUGUUCGGUAACCAGUCGCUGCGGCUCCUGCGCAUCCGCCGCACCAGCGCUGGCACGUACCAGUGCCUCGCCAGUAACACGCAGGGUCACGGCGAAAGCAAUCAGCUACAGCUGCAGGUCAAGUUCGCUCCUGUGUGCCGGGAAGGACAGAAGCUGGUGUACGGCGUCGCCAAGGACGAGGCGGCUCAAGUGUCCUGUGAAUUGGAAGCUGACCCCCCGGAUGUGUCCUUCCAGUGGCGUUUCAACAGCACCUUUGAGGGAGAACGGCACCUGUCUGCCAUGCCGGUCGACAAAGGACUGCGCAGUGUCGCCACUCACGUUCCUCGCAGCCGCACCGAUUACGGCAUGCUCUACUGCUGGGGAAAGAACAGCGUUGGCACGCAGGUCAAGCCGUGCGUGUUCACUAUUGUCGCCGCUGGACCCCCGGAGCCCCUGAGUAAUUGCAACGUGGUCAACGCCACCUCUGAUUCGCUCAAAAUAGAAUGCGACUCCGGAUACGACGGCGGGCUGGAGCAAACAUUUCAUCUAGAGGUUAUCGACUCAGUGCGCAGUGAGACGCUCGCGACGCGGGAGCAGAAGGAGCGGCCGUUGUUCCUGGUGCAGCCGCUGCCGCCGGGCACCGAGUUCAUAGUGCGUGCCUUCGCUCAGAACGCCAAAGGACGCAGCGACAGCGACAUCUUCACAGCAAGCACCGAGGAGGCACGCGACGACGGAGACGGUGACUCUCUGCAGCUCGCCAUGAGUCCUCUUCUGGGCGUUUUGAUCGGGGCUGUGGCUGCGCUGAUCCUCGUGGCCAUCAUCAUUAUUAUCAUCAUGAGGAUGCGUGCCCAUGACAACGAUGCAGAUUCCAGGGAGCUCAGCACUGCUGAAAAGUCACAGACCCUUCUGCGAAAGGGAGUCGUUGUCGAGGACACUAGUGAAGGUGACAUCAAAGACCCGGAUAUCAUACCGCCAAAGACAGAUUUGGAAGAUCCAGAGUGGGUCUUCCGGCAAUUGAACGGAUCCAAUGGUAGGAUACGCCAGGACGUGGGCAUUUCCAAGGGCGGCAUGAUGUACGGCACGUUGCCAAAUGUCAAAGUCCAGAUACCGCCUCAGCAAUUCCGUGACGACAUGAUGUACCGUGAGCGGUACUACCCGGGCAGUGGAGUGGCCGGCGACUUGGACAGCAGCCCCGGGGAGCGGCAGCGCAGUGGCGGCACGUUCCGGCCCCAGGGCGGCAUGCCAGACCCCGACGAGGUGGACCGCAUGAUCGCUUCCUCCAAGGCUCCCCUGCACACGGCCACACUCAUGCGCAGGAGCCCGCAGAGGCGGGACACUCCUGAGCGGGAGCGGCGCACCAUAUCGACGCCCGUCUGACAGGCGGAGACGACGUUCGGGCAGGCCCCUUACGACGACGGGGAACAAGUGGAGGAGCGGCCCGGACCGCCCUUCUGCCCGAACGACGACGCCUCGACCGUUCAGUGCCCGGCGGAAGACGACGACGAACCCUCUGUGAUCGCCGCUGCCGCCGCCACAAGACGGCGCCACCAUCUCCACGAGACCACCACCAGUGCCUUCUCCAGCCAGCAGAGACGCUACCCUACCGCCGCUGCCGCAGCUGAGAGCUUCGAACUCGGAACACGCCGACGCCGGGACAGUGCGUCUUCCACGGACUCUUACAUGUCCUGGAGUGCGGGACAGCCCGCCACCAGGGCUCGUGGCUCGCAAGAGCAGGAAAUGCUUCGUCACCACCGGCAGACUUGGUUGGGAGCCACUCUGCCUCGCGGCGGAUACUCGCAGUCCCAGCAGCAGCCGCAGCCGAUACAGCAGGAGCGACGCAACUCGUUCGGCGAUGACGGACCGCGUUACGAGAAUACGGCGUUCCUCAGGCAGCUUCAGCUGCGCAGCGUGGCCGAUGAACCUUCAGCCGCUUCCGGAGCCACGUUGCGUGGCACAAGGCGUAGCUGCCGCGUGUGAAUGUGGUUAGUGCUCGUGCAAACUGGGAGCUCACGCAGAGUGGAAUGGCAAUGACGUUUACAAGACAACGUCGGCAUGCAUAGAUUGAGGACUGCGUCAAGAACUUUGGAAAAUUGUUCUGAGUAAGAGCGCAGUAAAACAUGUAUUUUCGUUUGUCCUUCUCUGUGUGGUCUGUGCACUAUUCCAAAUUUCGGGAAGCAGUCCUCAAACUUACAAGGCCUUCAACGCCAUCAUAAACAAAUCAGUGUCGGUACUGUUUAAAGAAUUGCUGUUCGCUUCUGCACUCCAAGAAGGGUUGAGCAGUGGGCAAUUUGAGCCAGGAUUGAGCCUGAUUCGUAUAUUACUAUUUUGGAUUUGUAAAGAAUUUCCACGCUGCGUGAGUCACCAGUUUGAUUGAGCUCACCAGGAACACUAUUAGGGCUUUGCUCUGCUGUGCGUACGAUGAAUGUACGCUUUGAAGUACCUAAAGAGACAACUUUUAGUCCAGUGGCUUCGGCUUACUGCCCUGAGGAUAUUUAUUGUAUGGGCAUUAAUGAAACUUGCAGCAACGGCAAUAAUGAAAUGCCAAUCACCUGCUGCAUUCUUGGCUUUGCUGAGUGCUCGAAAUUUCUGUGUGUUUAAUCGUGUGCAGUUGAGAGGGUUAAGCAGUUCUUUGAGUAUAUCAUGCUGAGCAUUUAACAGGUGAUUCUAGUCAAUCUCAUUAAAUAAGAUGCAAUGGGAGAAUUUGGGAACCAUGCUUUUAUAGCUUGCACACCAAAGUUUUCCAUCUCUUUCCAUGCCAGUUUAUAGUUCAUUACCUUUAAAGCACUAGUAUUGCGCGACGAUAUUGCAGUGUGGUCGGGUAAACUAUCCUAAAACAAUUUCAGGCCGCACUAACAGAAAUAUAGCGCGCAGUACCGCCUUCUUUAGGUUCAACAGAGCUUCAUCAGUGAGGUCACGUCGUGGUUUCUGUUUUUCGAUCACUUCCACUUAUGUAGGUAUUUUCUUGCACAUUUUCUUCAUUUAGUUAUGCCCAUGCCGCAGCAGUUGAAUGUGCUAAGCUCAGGACAAGAAAUUACGUUAGUCGGCAAAGGCAAGGAUACUUCCGAUAAUGAACACAUAGGAAAGAGUAAUGUAAUUCCAGGCAGGCUCCGUGAGGUGCUGGUAAAAGCGAUGAAACAGAAUGGGUGUAGCUCGAGCAGGAAUACACGAUGAAGAAAUAGAAACGACAAAAUUGCUGAUACUUAGGGCAAAGCUGAUAGGCUGAUUACUAUGACAUCACCUUUUCUCGUAAAAGAUCAUCCUCAAUAUAGCCUAUUGCUAUAUUCGACUUAAAUUAACGGCAGUGCGACAGCUUUAAUUAUUUGAUAUGUUUGGUGCAUAGCUGCACCGGCAAGCAAAGAGAAGCUUUCUUGGCUCUGCUGAAUUCACGAUACUGGGAUUCGUUACGUUUCAUUUGGGAGAUAAGUACCUACUAAAUGUCGCGCAGUACUUUCGAAGGCACGGGCACAUUUUCAAGAUUUCAACGUGUAAAUCCGGCGCCUGGUUAAAUGUAAUAACAGAAAAUUGUUAUCCGUGAUUGAACUUGGCAGCGAUAUAUUUUGCUUUACUUUGAGGCCGCCACUAAGAGUGAAGAUAUCAGCGUGUUCCCGCAAACCUAACAUUUUUUCUUGCUUGCUACCUUCAUGUAACAUGGUUUUCCUGUGAUCUAACGUUUACGUAUGUCAACCUCCGGCUUCACAGUGUACGCCAGUUUUGUAAUGUAGCACACGGGUAAUUGACCAUUACACUCAGCGCUGAGUUGUGGAAGCUUCCUGAACUGGGCAGCUUGCAUGACCUUGCAUGGGCUGGAUCAGCAUGGACCAUUUGUCGGGCAGGCUCCCAUAGGUGGCAGUUGUGGUCCGGCGACGAUGGUCCUGUGGUUGUUAAACACGCCGCUGCUUCGUACGGUGGCCCCUACUCUGAAUUCCUUGGUAGGCAGUUUAUAAGUUGAAAUUGAACAGCAUCUCGGAAGCUAGCUGUCUCGAACAAGCGGCCACCGGUAGACGACGUUAAUGCCCUCCAAACUGCAGCGCAACCCAACUCUAAAAACAAGUGAUACGGGCUGUGAGGCAACGCCAGUCUUACCCAUCCUAGAACAAUGCUGUAUAGUUGUGGGGCCGUUCCCUUUGUUUUUCGUUUAUUUUUUUGUCGACGCUACAAUACUAAUAAAGUUGGAUUUAAAGCAUGCUCUUGUAGGCGUCGGAGGGGAAUAUUUUUAUGCUGCUACGACGAAGCAUCACACCUGUAUAGGCUCAAACGACUCCUGACUAGAACACUACUGCCGGGCAAAUGUAGCAUACCUAGAAUUUUCUUGUCGAAAUGACGUUACAGACAAGUUAUCGCCUGAAGCGUUAUCGACCAUACCGAAAGUGUAAUAACUUCUUAAAGAAUGUAGGCUCAUAAAGCAGCGCUCGGUGAUCCUAAGUGCCUUAGACGCCCCCAACAGAAGAUAAUUGUUACAUUUGUUUAUUCAUGCACUUACGCCGUGCGACUGUGAAAAAUGAGGAAAAGAAAAAAACCCAUCUUUUCGUAUUGCCACGUGUUCUACUCCACCACUGUAUUCGCAUAUCCCUUUCCUUACCGUAAUUUUUAUUGCUUGAUUGAAAGCUUGCCAGUUCUUCAGCCCUUGGAAUCUUUUGUCACUGAACUAUACUGCGUGCUUAUACCUAUUGUAAGCGUUUUUGCGUAAAACUCUUGAAACGUGAUUGCAUUACUUAUUUAUCCUUAUCAUAGGCUUGAAACCCGCUUACCGGCAUGGUUGUUUCCAUUUCAGAGAGCAUUCUAAAAUUCCGCACAAUGUGGUGACGAGAGACUUUGAGAAUAUUAUUUCAAGCAUUAUUCGCAAACAUCAUAACAAAAUUGCACUAGCAAAUAUAUGUCAAGUGUCGGUAAACAAGCAUUGAGCACUGCUCUAUACCACAUCGUAUUCUAAUAUAUCACAUUACGAAUGCUAAUCGCAUGAGAUGAGGAAAAAGUUAAAGCAAACGGUAAAUUAUAACUGAAU